AUGUCAACUUCUUUUAGCUUCGAUUAUCUGCCGGCAGAUGUAUUAUCUUUGUCCGGUUAUGAUUUUUUUCUACUUAUUAAGACUGUUCUUGGUGAACCAGAAGCUAAUCUACUAAAUAAAAUAUCGAUCAAAUCAACAACAUCCUUAAUUCAAACUGAAGAUCCACUUGAUAUCUUUAAUUAUGAUAUUGAUGAUGAAGAGUUAGAAAAAUUAAGAAAGGAACUUUCAUUUAAAUUAAAAAAUAAAAAAUUUAUGCUCAAACCUGGAAUUGAUUUUGAUGAAAAUAUAGAUGUAAAAGCAAGUAUUAAAUGCAAAUGUAAUAAAUUAAUAUCGUUAGGUAAAAAUGAUAAUAAAAUUCAAGUAUCUAAUUAUUAUAAACACUUGCAAUCAAAUGGUUGUGAUCAUAUGAAAAACGUCAAGAAAGUUGCAAGAGAAUUAAAUUCAAGUCAACAGCAGCAACAACCAUCAACACCUAUUACAUUAACACCUUCAUGUCGGUCACAGACACCAUUAAUAGGAGUUGCUGUUGUUUCACCAACUAACACACAAA